GUCACUGUUUGUGCUGGAAAUCGUUAUCAUCCGUGCUUUAAAUUGCGUACAGAUUCAAUCUUGCACUUCACGUAUAUUUUAUAGAACUAGUGGUUACCAUGCCAACAGCGGGAGGAAAUUCAAGUGGAAGUGAGCCUGUCAUUUUAGCAACUGCUGGUUACGACCAUAGUAUUAGAUUUUGGCAAGCACACAGUGGUAUUUGCCAUCGUACAGUACAACAUCCCGACUCACAGGUGAAUUGUUUAGAAAUAACACCAGAUGGACAGCUCUUAUCUGCGGCAGGUUAUCAACAUAUUCGUAUGUAUGAUUUAAAUAGUAAUAAUCCCAACGCAGUCAUCAACUAUGAUGGUGUAUCAAAGAAUGUCACUGCUGUCGGCUUUCAGGAAGAUGGUAAAUGGAUGUUUACUGGUGGUGAAGACUGUUCGGCUAGAAUAUGGGAUCUCAGGUCACGUAGUCUUCAAUGUCAGAGAAUAUUCCAAGUCAAUGCACCAGUUAAUUGUGUAUGUUUACAUCCAAACCAGGGUGAGUUAUAUGUAGGUGAUCUAAGUGGUGCUAUUCAUAUUUGGGACCUAAAUACUGAUCAUAAUGAACAACUUAUACCAGAACCUGACUCUUCAAUUCAACACAUCAGUAUAGAUACUGAGGGGACAAUGUUAGCAGCAAUCAAUAACAAAGGCAACUGUUACAUCUGGUCUUUAACCAGGGCACAGGCAGACGCCCCACAACAACUAACACACUUAAUUCCAAAAACAAAAAUUCCUGCACAUGAGAAAUAUGGGCUUAAAUGCAAAUUCAGUCCAGAUUCAACAUUAUUAGCAACAACUUCCGCAGAUCAGACAGUCAAAAUUUGGAGGACAGCUGAUUUUUCCUUAAAGACGACAUUGUCCGACAAAACACAGAGAUGGGUUUGGGAUUGCUCUUUUUCUGGAGAUUCACAGUAUCUUGUAACAGCUUCUUCAGACAAUGUUGCAAGACUAUGGAGUGUUGAACAAGGAGAGAUAAAGAGAGAAUACAGUGGACAUCAGAAAGCCGUGACUUCACUAGCAUUUUAUGAUGGUGUUCCAUCGUACAAUUGAAAGCUCUGCGUACUGCGUAUAAUAUUGAGCCGACCAAUUUACAUCAGACAUGAGAAAUCUGUGCUACUGUGAAGUCCAACAAUUUAACCAAAGUAUUUCAAUAUAAAUGAUGUGACUGGCAACUAUAUUUCAAUAUAUUUAUUAUAUAUUUUAAUUAAAUGUUGGUAUCAACAGUCAUGGUUACAGUGCA